UCCCCAGCCUUUUCUACUCUUUCUUUCCCUUUUACUCGUGUUUUUCCUUCUUCUGGCUUAUUCCAGAGAGGAGAGCUUUGGAUUUCUCGCAGCUUUUCUUUCCUUUUUUUCCCCCCCCUCUGGUAACUGGCCUGCUGCCAGUGCCUUGCAGGGCCAAAGUUUUAUCUGUAGGGAUAUAUUUUCCAAACCAAGUCCAGCUGCACACAGACUGAAUUCCCACUCCUGGGGUAAGCUUCACUCGGAGGAGGAAGAGCAGCAGGAGCGUUGCAUGUGCCUCUCCUCCAGCUAUUCCUGUCAAGAUGGAUUUAUGGCUUUAAAAGGAGUCGUGGGGGAGGAAGGAAAAUUGCCUCCAGGAGCCAGAGCUCGCACCACAGCCCAGCAAAACACACGGCGAGGAGCAGAGAGCUCAAGAGCCCAGGUGGUGGAUUUAAGGUAAUUUGGCCAGAACCAGGCUCUGCUAUGUUGGCCAAGGCGCUGCUUUCCCUUGGUCUGUGGCUUCGGUUUGCUGCGGGACAGGACACACCUGAGCCAGGUCCCCAGCCAUCGAUCUCCAACACAGAGGGAGAUCUCCUCUUCCUGCUGGACAGUUCUGCCAGCGUCUCCCACUAUGAGUUCUCCAAGGUCAAAGAAUUCAUGUGGGAUCUUUUGCACCCUUUCACCUUUGGCCCCAGGGACGUCCAGGCCAGCAUCAUCCACAUCAGCACCACACCCACCAUGGAGUUCCCGUUUGACCAGUACCUGACCAGUGGCACCUUGAGAAAAGCCAUCAGAGACACGCGGCAGCUCAUGGGUGACACCAACACGGGCAAAGCGCUGUCCUACGCCAAGGAGAAGCUCUUCAGUGGGGAAGCUGGGGCCCGGCCAGAUGUGCCCAAGGUGCUGGUGUGGGUGACAGAUGGCUUUUCCACGGAUGACAUCUCUGAGCCCAUGCAGCUGCUGAAGGACAUGGGCGUGACCGUGUUCAUCGUCAGCACCGGCCGGAGCAACUUCCUGGAGCUGUCGGCUGCUGCCAGCCAGCCGUCGGACAAACACCUGCACUUUGUGGACGUGGAUGACCUGCCCAUCAUCACCAAGGAGCUCAGGGAUGGGAUUCUAGAUGCCAUCCAAGCCAACCGGCUCCAUGCCACAGACGUCACCUCGAGCAGUUUCCGCCUGAUGUGGCCCAAGUUCCUCUCCCAGGAAACUGGCUACUACAGCCUGGAAUAUGCCCCAGCAGCUGAUCCAGCAAGGAAGAGGACACAGCAGGUGUCUGGGGCUCACACCAGCCUUGUGCUCAGCAACCUUGUACCAGAAACCACGUAUGAGGUGGCUCUGGUUCCUGAAUCCAACGUGCACUACUUCCCCCCGCAGACUACAAGGGUCACAACACUGGCAGAGGAAAUCAGCCCAGUUCAGGUUCUCAUCUCGGAGUCUGGGCCUUACAGCUUCCAGGUGAGCUGGGCUCCUGUGCUGGACAGUGUGGCCAGCUACCAGCUCCUGUAUGGGCCACUCCCAGGGAACUCAGUGAAGGUGCUGGAGGUGGAUGGGAAGCACAACAGCACCGUGGUGGAGCACCUGGCACCCAACACCACCUACCUGGUGACAGUGACUGCCAUCUAUAGAUCUGGGAAGAAGAAAUCCCUGUCAGCCAAGGCCUGCACCCAGGAAGAGGGCUCCAAGGUGAAGCAUCUCCGCUUCCAGGACAUGGGUCCCAACACCCUGAAAGUCUCCUGGGACUCUGCAGCGGGGCCGGUGCUGGGUUACCGGGUGCGCUGCCGGCGACACAGCGGCCCCUCCUCGGUGCUCAGCGUGUCCCCGCAGGUGCACACUGUGCUGCUCAGCGACCUGCCCUCGGGCACCAGCGGCAAGCUACAGAGGCCCAAGGAUACAGGCACAGACAGAAAGCGUGAAAGACUGGAGCGAGCUGAUGCCCAGCAGAGUAAGGGAUCUUGCUUGGACAAUGACUUGGACAAAAAGGAGGAGCCAGGGGAGGAAAACACCUCAUCUCCCAGCCUGUGCUGUCUCUUGAGGGGUCCUGCUUGUCCAGCCCAAAGCCUGUCCCCAGCCAAGUUCUCCCAGAGCUUAAAGGCUUGGCCUGGCUGGAUGGAACAACCAAUCUGAUAAAAGAUGCCAAAUCUGCACCCAUUUCAUAUAAACAUGUCUGACAAAGAACAAACAGAAGGCAAAGUGGUGGAUCCUCACUAUUGCGUGCUUGCUCCCUGUUCUCUGUUUAUUAAAGGUCGAUCCAGAUUUACUUUUGCAGCUUCUGAGCACAUUCAGGAGUUGACUGCUUAGUGCCCUGGCCAUUCAUACAGGGUGCUCAGAGAAAGAUUCCACGUGGCCAAAUCCAUUCCUACUGCCAAAAGCCAGGGAAGCUGGAGUGUGAGAGAGCAGGAAACCCCAAAUCCUGGGAAUGUGCUUCCCCAGCAGGUCCCUCCAGGGGUCCCAGCCCUCAGCUGAGCUAAGGGAGCUGCUGAGAGUCCAGAAAAGCCAGACAAGACCAUCUAAAGCACUUCUUAUAGAUUCUGUGGUCCUGCCUGGAUCAUCACCACUGCAUUGCUCUGGCAUUCCUGCAACCCCUUUUCACCAAAUGGGAGUCCUGCUGUCCUCAUGGAGAUUAAUUAGUCUGUUCUGUGACUAAUUACAGGCAAUAAGUCUCCAGCACUAUCAUUCCUCUGCACUCUGAACACACAGCACAUCUCUGGUGUCUUGUCUUGGGCUUCUACCCAGUGCUAAGCUUGAGCUACACUUAAAAGUCAGGGGUUUUAAAGGAGAAGAGUAAAUCUGAUUCUUUCCCUUUGGCCCCCAGGCUUGAACUUGCUGUUGCUAAGCCACUCUGGAAAGGGGAGCUAGAAAAAAAAAAAAAAAAAAAGACAAAUUAUAAAUACCUAGUGACCAAGCAAAUGGUUUCAAAGUUCAGGGCUUAGGGCUGUAAAGAAAUGUAGAUACUUCUCUGCUAAACCCCAGCAUCAAUGGGAACACCCUCCCUCAGUAACUCCUGCUCUAUUUUAAAUUUACUGCUUAUUUGUCCUACGUGUGGAACUUGUUUGUUGGAAAGCCCCAUGCAGUCUCACAAACCCUUCUUAAAACAGCUCCUUUCAGAGCUAAGAGGAACUUUUAUCCCUGACUUUGUCUCCUGAGAGCUGAAUCCUUCGUCUCCCCAUUUCUGGAGCGUUUUCCUUGGACUACCUUGUUCAGGAGAAAGGGAUAGAAGGCAGGUGAGUCAUUCAUUAACUCUGUAAAGAGAUUUUCACAUGAUUUGUGUCCUCGUUUGGAAUGUGCAUUUGUGACUGAUUAAUCUCAGUGUUGAAAGAAUGACAAAGGCCCUGGAACUGCUCAUGAAUAAGAUGAUUUUGUUUGUUCUUGCUGUAGGACAGAAAUUAAGUUUGCACAACUCCCUGCAUAGUUAAUUAAUACAUUAAUGUGUCAUCCCCCCAGUUGUAACACACCCUUUUGAAGACAGUUAAAUAAAAAUACAAGAGCUGCU